AUGUCUAGAUCAUUGUUGAUCUGCCUUCUGUGCCUGAUGACCUUUUUCCAGAUGCAUGUGCUGGGUGGGGGUGUGAUUGUUGAUGAUCCUUCUGUGAGAAAUGAUGUAGUAAUAGAGAAGCACACCCGGGUAGUUGAUGACUAUUUUAUUCUGCGCAGGUGCAUAGACACUUUUUGUGUUAGGAAUGCAGGAGACGGCGUAAUAAAAGGAAUAUAUAUUCCUAGUGAGAAAUUUAGUCAUCUUUCAUACUAUGAUGAACUUGGGAGUAUUCAUAAGCGAGUCAUUAGGAAUGGUCUGUUUCUGCUUGGGUUUAGGUAUUCAGUGAAGCCAAUGGAAAGAAUAUCAUUCUCAGUGGAGACCGUAUAUACUGGUCCUGGGAAAUCACAGAAUAUCUUUGAUACCACAGGAGUAUGGCCAUUUGAAAGUAUUUUGCCUCUUAAGCACUCCAUGACACACACAUAUUUUAACAUGUACACUAGAAAGAUUGGUCUAAACGUGUAG